GAUACGCACACGCCAACCAUCCAAGCAACAUCAGGGAGAAAAGAGAGCGAGAAAGCGGGUAGGAAAAGGGGAAAGUUAUCUCGGUAACUUUUGGGUUGUUAACGGCGUCCUGUAUUUUAGCAACAAAAAAGGCAUAUAUUUUACUGUUCUGAAUGAAUAAUUGUUAUAUGCAGGGUGACUGAAAUGAGCUGGAAGGAAAGGAAGGAAGAAGUACACCACUGGAGUUUUCUCCAUACUUUUGUCGUUGUAUGAGGCACCUUUAUAAUCAACAUUUUGGAUUAUCUACGGAAGUUAGUCGGCUGUUUUCAGGGUUCGAUUGAAAGGAAUACCGACUCCAUUGGUGGUUUGGCCCGGGCUAAACAGUCUUUAGGAGCAUUGCAUUUUGCCACCGUGAAUGCCCUCAUCUCUUCGUGCACGGCAGUGAAGGAUGCCAGGAUGCCUUCUCUGAUCAUUUCCCAUCUGCUCGUCAUCUGGCUGGGUGUCCAGAGGCUGGCCUGGUGCGCAGAGCGCGCAUCCACCCGGGAGCGCUUCAAAGUGGUCAUCGCCCCUCUCAUCUGCAAGAGAAUUUGUUUGAAAGGCCAGUGCCAGGACACCUGUGAGCAGGGCAACAAUACCACACUGAUAGGCGAGAACGGACAGUCAGCGGAUACUCUCACAGGUCCUGGAUUCAGAGUGGUUGUGUGUCCACUGACCUGUAUGAAUGGAGGGGUGUGCAGCUCGCGGACCCACUGCCUGUGCCCGCCAGGUUUCACUGGUCGGCUGUGCCAGUUCCCGCUACGGCAGAUGCCCGAGGCCCAGGCGGCGCGGGGCAACAAGCAGCCCGUAUACACCCUGUCGGUGCUGUCAGACGGCCAGAGCCAGGGAGAGCAGGCGGCCAUGGGGCGACCACAGCUGACACAGACCCACUCUGUGUUCACCCUGCCCCUGGCACAGGGGGCAGGUCACCACUCAGCAGAAGUGCAGUUUAAUGUGCGUGUCCACCAUACACACGACACGUCCGUUGUCAUCCGUCCUCUCGACCAAUCUAAUUCCAAGCCCCCUCAUAAAACUGUGACACGCUUGACCCCUCAGACGCAGAAACCCAGGGGGCGGUGCUUCCAGGAGACCACACCCAAACAAGCUUGUAGCAGUACCCCUCUCCCUGUACUGACCAAUCAGGAGGACUGCUGUGGAAGUGUGGGGAACUCCUGGGGACAAAACAAAUGUUAUAAAUGUCCCAAGCUACCAUAUGCUGGAGUGAAGCUGCAGACCAUCAUAGAGGACUAUGGUUCCACCUGCCCUCUGGGCUACAAGAGACUCAACAGCACCCACUGUCAAGACAUCAACGAGUGCACCAUGCAGGGGGUGUGUCAGAACGGGGACUGCCUGAACACCCAGGGUAGUUUCCUGUGUGCCUGUAAGCCUGGCUUCACCCUGGACAGGACCCGAUGUGUGGAAUCUCCGUCUCCGGUGGAGCAGGCUCAGUGUUUCCUCAUGGCAACGGAUGCGGGUCGCUGUGAGCACGCCCUACCCACGCGCCUGUCCCAGGAGAUGUGCUGCUGCACCGUGGGCAAGGCAUGGGGCUCCAGCUGUGAGAGGUGUCCCCAAGACGGCACAGCCUCCUUCAGCAAGAUCUGUCCAGCAGGGAAGGGCUACUUCCUCCACAGUGUCCGGGAGACGGUGGCGUUCCCUCCUCAGAUCCACACCAGCCUGGAGCAGGAGCACAAGCAGGAGGAAGUCAAGCCCCCGGAGGAGCCUCCAGAGAUGACCACACCCAUGCAGCUCUCCACCCAUGCCCCCCGCGGCCCCGAGAUCAUCACAAAGCCCACCCCUCCACCCAUCAUCAGGUUGAACCCAGACAGUGACCCCCUGGAGGUGGCACAGACGCAGGUCUCACCAGAGACAGACGAGUGCAGGCUGAACAGGAACCUCUGUGGCCAUGGGGAGUGUGUCAAUGUGCACACUGGCUACAAGUGUGAGUGCUACGCUGGCUACCGGCUCCACCCUCAGAGGAACGCCUGUGUGGAUGAUGAUGAGUGUGAUGCUGAGCCAUGUGGCCAUGGAAGAGGCAUCUGCAUCAACACAGAAGGCUCCUACCGCUGCCGUUGUCUCCAUGGCUACAAGCUCUUGGUGUAUCAUGGGAAACUCAGAUGUCUAGAUGUGAAUGAGUGCUCCAAGCCAAAAGUCUGUGGGCAGGGGGGUCAGUGUGUUAACCUGCCAGGGUCUUACAAGUGUGAUUGUCACGAAGGCUUCAGGAGCAAGUCCCAACGCCAGCCAGCCUGUGAAGAUAUAAAUGAGUGUCUGGACCCCAGCAGCUGUCCCAGUGAGCAGUGUGAGAACACUCCAGGCUCCUAUGAGUGUGUUCCCUGCUUCUCUGGUCACCAGGCCCAGGGUGGUGUCUGCUACGAUGUUAAUGAGUGCCAGAAGCGCGGGGUGUGUCCCAACGGGCGCUGUGAGAACCUGCCAGGAACCUACCGCUGCCUCUGUAAUGAAGGCUUCCUCCCAGCUGCAGACAGCCAAGGCUGCAGAGACAUUGACGAGUGUGAGGAUGAAAGACUGUGUGCCAACGGGCGCUGUGUCAACACAGAAGGCUCCUUCCAGUGCCAGUGCUACCCAGGAUACCAGCGCACUCAGGAGGGCAGCCAUUGUGAAGAUAUAAAUGAAUGUGAGCGUCCCUCUAACUGCCAGAGGGGGCGCUGUAUCAACAGCAUGGGCUCCUAUCGCUGUGAAUGUCAGAAGGGCUACAUGCUUGUCGGAGGGAGGCGGUGCCAAGACAUAGAUGAGUGUGCGAUAGACAGGGGUCUGUGCCAGCCUCAUGGUGUGUGUGAGAACAGACAGGGCUCCUAUGUGUGUGUGUGCAAAGACGGCUUCAUUCUGUCUGAGGACAAGCACAGCUGUGAGGAGAUUGAGGUGGACAUGGAGGAUAAGAAGGAGUGUUACCUGAACCUGGAUGACACAGUGUUCUGUGACAGUGUCCUGGCCACCAACGUCACCAAGCAGGAAUGCUGUUGCUCCAUCGGCGUGGGCUGGGGGGACCACUGUGAGAUCUACCCCUGCCCCGUCUACCACUCAUCUGAGUUCCAUUCCCUGUGUCCGAUGGGCCGAGGUUUCUACCAGGAGGAGGGACUAACUGAGUACGGCCUGUCUGUCCAUAUUGAUAUCGAUGAGUGUGUGCUCUUCUCCAAUGAGAUCUGUAAGGAGGGCCGCUGUAUGAACACACAGCCUGGCUAUGAAUGUUACUGCCAACAGGGCUUCUAUUACGACAGCAACCUACUGGAGUGCAUUGAUGUGAAUGAGUGCCACGAUGAGUCUCUGUGUACCAACGGUCAGUGUAAGAACACCAGAGGCUCCUUCUACUGCACCUGUAACUCUCCCUGGACCCCAGAUGCUUCCAAUAAGAAGUGUGUCAUUCCCACUGUGGCAGGUGUGGAUGAGUGCCAGGAUCCAUUGAACUGUAAGAGUGGCCACUGUGUGGACACCCCUGGGUCCUACUACUGCAUCUGCUCUCCCCCCUGGAUCCUGGCCACGGACCGCAACAGCUGUGUGACCUUAGAGGAGCAGGCUGAUAUCAAUGAGUGCCAGGACCCCUCGUACUGUAAGAAUGGGAGGUGUGUGAACACGCCCGGCUCCUUUCACUGUAUAUGUACCCAGCCCCUCACCUUCAGCGCAGCGCUCAAACAGUGCGUCUAUGACGACCGCACGGCGGCCCAUAAGGACGUGUGUUUCCUGCAGGUGGAUGAGGAUCUGAUCUGCAGCCACCCCAGAAACGGCCUGGUGUUCACCUACUCGGAGUGCUGCUGUCACUAUGGCCGUGGCUGGGGCCCUGAGUGUAGGACCUGCCCCCAAAGAAACUCGGUGAUCUUUAACCGGCUGUGUGACAUGCACUUGGAGACAGAGUCUGAUGGUGAGGGAGAUUUCCUGGCAGCUUUCGCCAACUACAACCCAGAAGGUGACAGUUCAGAAGAGGACUCAGAUGAGUGUAGUUGUGCCAAUGGCCGUUGUGUGCGUUCCUACUUGAGCACUAUGUGUGAUUGUAACACAGGAUUUAGACUGGACCACUCCCACACCCGCUGCACAGAUAUUGAUGAGUGUGCUGAACCAGGGGUCCGAGUUAAUCCAUGCAAGAAUGCCCGCUGUGUCAACAGCAUAGGCUCGUUCAAGUGCUACUGCAAAAAUGGCUUUGUCCCUGCACGAAGGCCCAACAUGUGUGUACCAGGCACCAAGGCCCAACAUAUCCGUUCCAGGGCUCUAUAACAGCUUUAUCUCUGUCAAACACACACAAAUACGCACAUGUAACCCCUCUGUCUUAUAAGUUCAGUAUUCAGUGUGUACCUGUCUCUCCUUGAAGUGUCCCUCGAAAACGUUGUGGUGUCUUCAAUAGGCUCAUUUGAAAUGUUUGAAAUGGACAAAAUGUGUUGCUGUUGUUGUCGGCUUCUCCUUCACUGAAAUGAGAUGCACCACAGGCUUCCAGCUUGGCUCUGAACAACUAUUUGUCCCUCAUCCCUAGAUCAGUUAAUGAUUUGGGGAAAAAAUACAGACGAAGGGAACAUAUUCGUACAUUUUUUAUGUAUUUUUGUAAUUAUUCUUCUUUUUUUAAUGUUUGUUUCCAUUGACUGUUAAACUUGUGUUUUGUUUAGUUGUUGAGUUUUGUCCUUGUUGCAUUGAUCUUAUACAUCCAUGAAUCUUAAGCUCUAAUGCAGUUUGAUGAGGAGGUUUCUCGCUUCCUGUAUGUCUGAAUGCCUGUAUGAGUAGCAGACCAUUAUCGUUCAUUUUUUUAUCGUCCUCUGUCUCUGCCCUGCUCCAUUGUCCAGUUUUGUACAGUAUGUAAAGUGGAGAUGACUUUGUUGACUGUUAGCUCAGUACCUAUCAUGCUCCUGUAAUCAUCUGUUUUGUGGGAUGUUUUGGAAAGAGAUUAUACUUAAUUGUAAAAGCCAUUAAACACCUUUUACAUUUUUGACAUGUGCACAUUGAAUACAAUUGAAGCUGACCAAAGGUAAAGGGGAAAGAGGUCGUAUUCAGACCUAACUCGUGGAUUCAGAGGGAAUCCUCAGGAGUACGGUGGUAAAUCGAACCCAACGUAAAUGGAAUGGCAUGUUUAGUGACUUCAUGUCAUUGUAAGGAACGAAAGAGGCUUUUGAGAGGAAAAAUAAAUGAACGGCAGAAGUCAACCACCCAAA